CCUCCGCAGACCACCGUCUCCCCUCCUUCCCCGCCGCGACUACCGACGCGUCGAGCCAUUCGCUCAGCCCGUUGCAGCGAGCAGAUGGCUACUCGCAAGGACGUUGUGUCCUCUCUGCUGGACUUGAGCAUGCUCCAGGCUCGUCAGGAGCGACUCACCCUCCAUGUCGCUGCACUGCGUCGCCUUCUCGCCAUCCUCUCUGACCCUGAUCGCACCCUCCCGAUCAUCCCCGUACGACUCGGGACCUCCACGAGGGUGUACUCAGUGCUGUGGGAUUCCGGUUCUCAGGGCGGCUUCAUUCACCCACGCGUGGUGAAGGAGGCCCGCUUACCCACGACAGGGUCUCCGACUCCCAUCUCCGUUACCCUAGGGGAUGACAAGACCCAACGCUUCUUCGAUCAGACGGUCACCGACCUCCCCUUCUUCCUCACUCUCGAACCGACUGAGCGUUCCCCGGCGUCUCGUCGCCACCGCUCCUCUGCACAUUUCGAUGUGAUGGAGACGGGGUACGACUUCAUUCUCGACACUCCGUGGUCUCGUCGGUUCCGCAGCACCGAGGCUGAUUGGGCGACCAACACUCUCGUUCUCAAAACGAAGUGUGGACAGACGUAUCGCGUACCUUUCAUAGGUACCACGACGAUACCACGCCCCGAUCCUCCUCCCCCGGAACCUUCAGUGCCCACACCAUCUCCCUCUUUCACUAUCACCUCGCCUCGACAGUUCGCCCACUUCAUUCGACAGGACGACGUCACCUUCUUUAUGGUGGACGUGACGGAUCUCUUACACUAUGACCCACCCUGUCCCGACGCCGAGCUCAUCCCUCUGGACCCAGAUCCCCCCUCUAUUUCCAUGGCUCCCAUCUCUACUUCCAUCCCUCUGCCGUCCGUCGAGUCCACCCCGCCGUCGUGCGCUGACGCUGACGCUGAGGAACUCGCACGAUAUAUGACUGACUUGGAGCCCGCAGUUCGUGACCUCAUCCGAGAGUACCACGACGUUUUCCCAUCGUCGUUCUCGUACGCCGGCAUCCCACCGAUGCGUGACGUCGAGCACUCCAUUCAGCUCGUGCCUGAAUAUCGUGUUCACCACCAGGCACCCUACAGACUCUCGAUCCCCGAGGCCACCGAACUCAAGCAUCAGCUUGAGGAGCUCCUAAGACUGAGUUUCAUUAAACCCAGCAACUCCGCGUGGGGUGCACCCGUCCUCUUUGCUCGCAAAGCGGAUGGAACUCUUCGUCUUUGCAUCGACUACCGCGGCCUUAACCGCUACACGGUUAAGAACAGCUACCCCAUGCCUCGUUCCGAUGAGCUGUUCGACCGCCUAGCAGGCAACCGCUUCUUUACGAAGAUUGAUCUUCGUAGCGGUUACCAUCAGAUCCGCGUCGCUGCAACCAACCAGCCGAAGACCGCUUUCCGCUCGCGAUUCGGCCACUACAAGUUCACGGUGAUGCCAUUCGGCCUCACCAACGCACCCGCUACCUUCCAGAGGGCGAUGAACGACAUCUCCAGGGACAUCCUGGAGCAGUACGUUCUCGUCUACCUCGGCGAUAUCCUGGUCUAUAGUCGUACCCUUGAGGAGCACCUCAGACACCUCCGCGACGUCCUUGACCGCUUGCGCAGACAUGGCUUCUACGCCAAGCUUAGCAAGUGCCGCUUUGCCCAGCACAAAGUGGAUUUCUUAGGACACUACGUGUCUGACCAGGGUCUCCACAUGGACGACGCGAAAAUCACGGCUAUUGCGGAGUGGCCCGCUCCCACAUCCGCUAAGCAGCUUCGCAGCUUCCUAGGCCUGACCAGCUACUAUAGUAACUUCAUCCGGGGAUACGCUAGGUCACUGAACUCCGCUCGGUUGAACGAUUGGUGACUGGAUCGCCGAAACUGGCAAAUGCAGAGUCUUAACGGGGCUUCUAAAUUGUGUAUGUUUGGACUCUGCAUCUCUGGUCUCCAGUGUAGGACUUCGUGUGAUCUAUCGAUCCGUGACGGUGUGUGUGCAUGUGCGAAAGAAAGAGAUAGACAGAGAGACAGUCGGACAGACAAACACAAAGCAGGCAUACAAACAUAGAAAGACAAAUAAGAAAACAGACAGGCAAAUGCAGACCACCAAACAAACAGCCAGACACAAU